AUGGGUUUCUUUUCCAACUUGUUCCAUCGUGACCAUCAUUCCAAGUCCGUGAGUGUUUUACAAACAUCGUCGUCUUCUUCAACCACCACCACCACUCAUGCCUCUACAUCGGCACUACAACCUUUACAUCGAACCACAGAUGACCUUCCAUCGAGCUCAGCGUUGAAUGGAAAACUCAGUGACACAUCACUCAUUUCUAAAAGUAAUUCAUCGUCGACCAAUUCGACGACACGGAAUCGACAUUCCAUGGAUUCCUCUGGCUCAUCCUCAUCAUGGUCUCUUUCGUCCAAUGGUGGUCAACUGACAUUGAAUACUUCAUUUCCUCCGAGAUUGUCCAUCUCUUCAAGUAGUAGUCACCACCAUCACCAUCAUUCACAGAGUCAUCUUUCCGUUCAACCGACUAGCAGCACUAGCCAUCAUCAUCAUCACCAUCACCACCAUCAUGGUCCGAUUCACAUUGCCACGAGAGUGAGUAUUCGAGAUUUUGCAAAACAAUAUUUAGAGCUCUUGGAAGUUGAAAACACAAGAGCCCUUUUACAAAAUUCACAAGCUCAAGAUUUGGUGGAUCCAUCCAUUCAUCAUCAUACAGUGGUGACCAAAUCUUUGAAUGUCAUUGUUGAAGCGAAACAGUCAUCAAACAAUAACAAAACAAUGACUCCUUUAUUGAAAGUCACAACUCCCGAAGUCGAUCCAGCCAAUGAAAUUGUAUUGGACAAUGAGGAUUUGGAUUCAAAGAAAGUAUGUGAAGCAGUACAUGCUGCAACGACAGAUCCUAGUGACCAGACAAUCUCCAAUGAGGUUUCUCCUGUGAUGGUCGUGGACGGUGUCACCUCUGAAAACAACAUUUCUGUAAAUGAUAGCGCUGAAAUGAACACUGAAUUUACAACGCUCAGUCAACACGAGAAAGAAAUGGUCACACCUUUGGAAGAAACACACCAAAAAACAAAUCACCAUGAGAAAACAAGUUUUAACAAGUUUCUCACAGAACAUGAACACUAUCUCUCUUCGUUGGAUGAAAUAUUUCAAGUGUGUAUUUAUGGUCAUGUGGAACGACUGAAAACUCUCUUAGAAGAACAUCGACAAAAAUCCAAUCGUUUUUCUCUCAGUAUGAAAAGUCUUCGAUUAACUGGCUCGGUUGAAGUGAAAGAAUCAAUCGCUUGUGCCGAUGAAGAUAAGAGAGAACAUGUGAAAAAACAAUCAUGGAGCAAUUGCACUCUGGUUCACUUGGCUGCUCGAUUCAAUCAAGUCGACGUGUUAGAUAUGCUUUUUAAGAAUUUCAUUGGAAUGAAUGAAACACUCGCUGAUGUGAUUAAUUUAGAAGAUGACAUUCAUGCCACUCCAUUGUUUCAUUCAGUGACUUCUGGCGCCUAUGAAUCCACUGCAUUUCUCUGCAGCUUUUCAAAUGCUAUCAAGAUUAACACAAAAGAUGUUUUCGAAUGUAGUCCUUUGUGGUACGCCAUGAAUCGAAAAGAUUUUGAAAUGUCUGAUAUUUUAAUUACUUUUGGAGCAGAUAUGUUUUACAAGAUUCAUGGUGGAGAAUCGUAUCUUCAUCGAGCAUGUGAAAUGAAUGAUGUGGAUAUGAUCAAGUAUAUUCUUUUAGGAAUUGGAAAAGACCAACGAAUAGAUUUAACAAACACUGAACAGAAUCAACUCUUUCAAGAACGACAAUCUCUCAUGUUGCGAAGUGAUCAACGACAUCAAAUUCCUCUUUUCAAUGCCAUCAAAUCUUAUGAAGAAUUUCUAAGAAGAAAAAAACGUGCACAUCAGAAUGGCGCGACAACAAUGACACCUUCAAGCACCUCUCCAUCAACAACAACGAAUAACACUUCCUCACAUCUCAUUUCAGAGCCAAAACAAGAACAAGCGUUUGAUUUUCUAUUGAACUUUUUCACAGAACAUUGUCCAGGUAUUUUACAGAAAGCUCUCGACCAAACCAAUCACUAUGGUCACUCCAUGAUUCACUUUUGCGUCGAAAGAGAUGCAUUCCAACCUCUUCUUAAAAUUAUUCGAUUGUUUGAUUCGGACGACAAGUUGAAACAAGCUCUCAAUGAAAAGGACAAAAUUCUUGGAAAUACUCCACUGCAUAUUGCAAUCAUGACAACUCAUUACGACUGUUUUAAACUAUUAGUGAGUUGUCAAGAAGUAGAACUCAACAUUCCCAAUCAGCAAUUGGAUUUACCUCUCCAUGUUGCAAUUCGACAACGAAAGCUUCGAAUGAUUCAAUAUUUAUAUUCACUUUAUUCACAAAAAGAUUUAGAAACUAAGAAUGCACAACACUUGUCAUGUCUCAAACUUGCCAAACGACUCUCAUUGAAUUUGAAGAAACUAGCAGAAGGAAAUAUUGAAGAGUUUGAAAAAGAAUUAAAAUCUAAGGAAAAGAAGAAUGAAAAGAAAUGGUGGCACAUUUUCAAGAUUCACAAAAAGAAUUCACAAGAAACAACGAGUGCUGCUGUUGCUGCCACUUCGUCCUCAACAGGUGUUGGUGCUUCUGAAACCAUUUCAUCCAGUAAUUUAUCGUCACUCACCAAGAAUACGUUGGAUUCAUUGUCGUCUUCAUCGAAUAUGUCACAACAACAAGCGACCACGACAUUCCCACUCGUUCAUUGGACCAAAGAUUUAACGUUGGGAGUGGAUAUUAUGGAUGAACAACAUCAUGGAUUGGUGGAUAUUAUCAACAAGCUGAUUCAAUUGAUGUUUGGAGGUGAAAAUGACUGCAAUGUUCCAGAACGGUCGAAUGAUGAAUGGUUAUUGGGAUAUGUGAUUGGAUUAUGUUUAGAAUAUACUGAAUUUCAUUUUGAAACAGAGGAACGAAUUAUGGCCAAGUAUGCAAAAUUGUUGCCAGAGGGUUAUGCAGAGGAACAUCACCAAGAGCAUGAAGAAUUUACGAGCAAGAUGAAGAAAUUGCAUCAGGAAUAUCUCGACAAUCACUCGACGAUUUCAUUCUUGAACGUUGAUUUGUUGAAUUAUUUACUGCAUUGGCUCAUUAAUCAUAUUAUGGGAAGUGACCAUGUUUUUGUUUCUCACCUAACCAAGGACGUACCAGCCGAGCAGAUUUCCUUGUCAUAA